UGAGGCGGCGGCGCGCAGGCGCGGCCCGGCCCCGCGCGGGGGGGGGCCGCCGUUGGCGCGAGAUAGGAAAAAAAAAAAAAGGGGGAAAAGGGGAAAAAAAAGUAAAAGCCAGAAGCGCCGGGCCCGGCCCGACCCCGCCAUGGCGCGCCGCAGCCGCGGCGAGGAGCAAGAUGAGCUGCACUGCCAGGACACCGACUCGGAUGUGCCAGAGCAGCGGGACGGCAGGUGCAAAGUCAAGUGGACGCAAGAGGAGGAUGAGCAGCUGAAGAUGUUAGUAAGACAUUACGGGCAGAAUGACUGGAAGUUCCUGGCCAGUCACUUUCCUAACCGCAGUGACCAGCAGUGCCAGUACCGGUGGCUGAGAGUGUUGAACCCGGACUUGGUUAAGGGCCCUUGGACCAAAGAGGAGGACCAAAAGGUAAUUGAACUGGUUAAAAAAUAUGGCACCAAACAGUGGACUCUGAUAGCCAAGCACCUGAAAGGGCGGUUAGGGAAGCAGUGCCGGGAGCGCUGGCACAACCACCUGAACCCUGAGGUGAAGAAGUCCUCAUGGACAGAGGAGGAGGAUCGCAUCAUCUUUGAGGCCCACAAGGUCCUGGGGAAUCGCUGGGCUGAGAUUGCCAAGCUGCUGCCUGGGAGGACCGACAAUGCUGUGAAGAAUCACUGGAACUCCACCAUCAAGCGCAAGGUGGACACGGGCGGCUUCCUCAACGACACGAAGGAGUCCAAGCCGCUGUACUUGCUCGUGGAGGUGGAUGACAAGGAGAGCCAAAGUGGAUCGAGAGCUGGGAGCCAGAGUGUCCUGCCGAACUGGCCAGUCGAUGUCUCAGAAAUAAAGGAAGAGGACGUCAGUGACGAGGAGGUGACGGGCUUGCAGGAGCUGCCCUCGGAGCUGCCAGCUGCUGACCUGGCAGAGCACAACGGCGAGGGGACCCCAGAUGACGUGGUGCCUGAGGAGGACCCCGCGUGUGUCCCGUCACCGUACAAGUGGGUUGUCGAAGCCACCAACUACUUGUGCCCGACCUCUGUGCCUGCCUUCAGUGAGGCUCUGGACAUGAUUGAAUCCGACCCAGACGGGUGGUGUGACCUGACCCAGUUUGACCUGCCCGAGGAGCCCUCCGCUGGCAGCAGCAGCAGCAGCAGCAGCCCCGUGAGGCAGACGCCCAGCAAGCCAACGCCGUCCCUGCCCAACGUCACCGAGUACCGCCUGGACGGCCACACCAUCUCCGACCUCAGCAAGAGCAGCAAGGGGGAGCUCAUCCCCAUCUCCCCGCAUGCGGAGGUGAGCUUUGGCACGCCGCCCUCCGUGCUGAAGAGGCAGAAGAAGAGGAAGAUCUCCCUCUCCCCCGUCACGGAGAACGCCCCCAGCACCAGCCUCUCCUUCCUUGACUCCUGCAACAGCAUGACGCCCAAGAGCACCCCUGUCAAGACGCUGCCCUUCUCCCCCUCUCAGUUCCUAAAUUUUUGGACCAAACAGGAUACGCUAGAACUGGAGAACCCAUCUCUGACCUCCACGCCUGUGUGCAGUCAGAAGGUGAUUGUCACCACCCCGCUGCACAGGGACAAGACCCCUCUGCUCCAGAAAAACUCAGCGUUUGUCACGCCAGAUCAGAAGUAUGUGGCGGACAACACGCCGCACACCCCCACGCCUUUCAAAAACGCCCUGGAGAAAUACGGACCAAUAAGGCCCCUGCCCCAGACUCCUCACCUGGAAGAAGACUUGAAAGAAGUUCUCCGAAGUGAGGCUGGCAUCGAACUGAUCAUAGAGGACGAUGUGAAGCCCGAGAAACAAAAGAGAAAACAAGGGCUGCGCAGGAGUCCCAUCAAGAAGGUCCGGAAGUCGCUGGCGCUGGACAUUGUGGAUGAAGAUAUGACACAGAACGUGCCUGCCCUACCCAAGAACAUCUGCUUCAAAAGAACCCAGCCUGUGAAUUUCCUGUCGAGGUCCCUGAACUUUUCCUCCUCGAGCAGGAAGAACGACUGCGGCUUGCUCAACAGAGCCUUUGUGCAAGUGCAGUCAGAGAAAAUGUCCUACAGGAAGAUGCCAAGCCAUUUCAGACCGCCGGCACCGAUGACCAGAGCUUGGAAAGCGGUGGCCUGCGGUGGAACUCGAGACCAACUCUUCAUGCAGGAGAAAGCACGCCAGUUUUUGGGCAUGUUGAAACAAAGCCACACAUCAAGGACCUUAAUCUUAUCAUGAAGGAUUGUUCUGCUCUUUUUAUUUUAUUUUUUAAAUUCCUUUUAUGAGUGGAGGGGAGGGAACCACAGAGGGGCGAGGAAAAUGAAAUCCUCUGCAAGGCCUUAGCCUUUAGGGGUGAUUUUUUUCCCUCUGUUCCCAGGUAGAUCUGCAUUGUAUUAAAUUGGGCUAAGUGCUGGCUAAAGCGUGGGGUGCGAGUUCUGGAAUCAUUACGGAAAGGCAAACGAGGGAGGGGUGGAGAGCUGACAGCAGGAGCGCCCUGUGGGACCUGGGCUCUGCAGGCAGAAAGCUGCGCCCCACAUGCACUGGGUGCUGGACACGGACCUUGUUGGCCUGGAUUCCACCCUGCCUGCUCUGGUGCCUCGGAAUGGCUUCUGUUAAGGUUCCUGCACGCCUCACAUCCCACUUCUGUCUUUCUCCAGGGGAUGGAGAGGUUCUCCUGUGUGCCAGGACAGGGGAGGCGUUGUGCUCUCAUGGGGAAUGUGCUUUGGGGUGACCCGCAGUUGGAGCUGGCCGCCUGCUCCCCACGGGGCUGCUUUGUGCUGCAGGGUGGGAGCAGCGGGUGCCUCUUCCCAGGGCUGUGCUGCCUCUUGAAAUAAACGAUGGUGCUAACAACACCCUGCUGACCCUGUC